AUGUUGUGUUUUUACUUUCUUAUUCUCAUAUCAUUCAUUGAAGCAAAUUCCUUAUCAUUUUCUGGCCAACGACCAUAUGGAUCGAUGAUUUUCUACACGACGGGACGUGCUCCAACAGAUUAUGAGAAUUAUGGAUGUUGGUGCCGUACGGGAAGUAGACCAGAUAAAUAUGUGGAUGAAGUUGAUUUAUGUUGUAAAUUUCGUUUCAAUUGUUAUGAUCUAGCUAUGAAAUCACCUAAAUGUAACGGGAUACUAACAGAAUAUAGCGUUCAACUGGGUAAAUCAAUUGUGUGUAUCGAUAAUAAUCAAACCUGUGAUUAUGCAACAUGCAUGUGUGAUAAACAAGCCGCUGAAUGUUUUGGGGCAAAUUUGAAUAAAAUUAAUGAUAAUUUUUUUAAUUUAUCGAAAAAAGAAUGUCGAUAUGAAAAAGAAAAUACAACAACGCCUGGAGUAUGUGACAAAGCAAAAUGGAAUUCCAAUGGAAUAACUGUUGCGAGAGCAAAUGCACUAUGGGGUGUAUUUGUUGACGACAAUAGCAAUGUAUAUGUAACAGAUUCAGACUUAAAUACUAAGCGUGUGUUAAAAUGGGCUCCAAAUGCUACAACAGGAAUGCAAGUAGCAGAUUGCCGCAGAGAAUCGCAAUCAGGACCUGUUUACAGAGAGAAUUUUGGUGAUCCAACAGCUGUAUUUGUAGAUAACAUUGGAAAUUUAUAUAUUACAAGUAGUUUAGGACUAUAUCAACAGUCAGUUAUGAAUCCGUGUCCACCAUGUGGAUUCAAAAAUGUUGUAAGUCGCUAUGGGUAUACAGUUGAAAAAUGGUCAAUAGGUGCUACUAAAGGUAUUACUUUAGCAAAAUUUCCAAAUAGUGGUAAUAAUAAUAGACAUGGUGACAGUUAUGGACUUUAUGUUGAUAUAGAUGAUAAUAUUUAUUUAUCAGAUCAAUUUUACCAUUAUGUUUUUAAAUUUUCUCCAAAUCAACAAAACUAUAGUGAAACUGUUGCUGGUGAUCGUAAUGGCAAAGGAAAUGGUUCUCAUCAAUUAAAUGAACCCAAACAAAUAUAUGUGGAUUCCUCUUAUAAUAUUUAUAUAGCUGACUCACAGAAUCAUCGCAUACAAAAAUGGGCACCAGGAGCAAAACAAGGAGUUACUGUUGCAGGUGGAAAUGGACAAGGUUCAGAACCAAAUCAAUUGAAUAUACCAACGGGAGUAUGGCUUGAUUCAUAUGGAAAUAUAUAUGUUUGCGAUUCAAACAAUCAACGAAUACAAAAGUGGAGUGUGAACGCAAACGUUGGUAUCACUGUAGCCGGUGAUUAUGGUAAAGGUUCAAAUCCACUACAACUAAAAGAUCCACAAUCAAUAACAUUAGAUUCCUAUGGAAAUAUUUAUGUUGCUGAUACAUACAAUAAGCGUGUACAGAAAUAUAUCCUUGAAUCACCAACGAGUUGUUAA